GUAGCGUCGUCUAGCGGAGAUUGAAGAUUCUAAUAAAACUGGGCCUCAUCAUCAUCACAUUCUAAUGCCAUCAUGGUGACAAUCGACGUAACCUACGUGUGUUGAAGAUCAUCCCAUAAAUUCUGCAAUAUAGAGAUCGUUGUGCAAUGGCUGAUGAGCAGAUGCCAAAAAUCCAUGAAGGGAAAAACUUUCGUAAACUAACGCUUGUCGAACAAGAGUACAUGCGACUUAUAGAAGAGAGGAAUCUUGAGAGAGUGGCCAGCUUGAAACGAAUGCAAAGAAACAACAGAUAUACCGGUCUAGCGCUAGGAGCAUUGGUUCUAGGAAUAUACGGGUACUCCAUGUAUGCAGUUCGCCAGGAAAAUUUCCUUGAUGAUUUCGAAGAGCCAGUAAAAACGACAGAAUAA